GGCCGCAGGUCCAUCAGCAAAGAUAUAAGAUAUUCACCUCUUAUCGAGAGAUUAUCGUCCUGCCAUUCGACAACGUGCACUUGGCAUCUCGGCAAGCUAACCUCAUCCUGCGUUGCAGUUCGUAUCUCAAGUCUCUAGCCCUGCACGACGUCAACUUCGUUUACGGUCCCAAGAGCUGUCAUCCCGAGAACACCUACACGUGCAGGAGCUAUGGAGCUUCCCUGGUCGCGUUCCUGGUAGCUGGGAGAGCUCUAGGCCGACGCGUGGAGAAUAAGUAGGAUGACAGCCCAGGGCACUGCGGCUCGUGCUGCAGGAACGAUACCUUCCAGAUCCCCAACCUUUGAGCACGACGCUCUUGUCAAGCUUUUACGAUGCGCUCUUUCCUCGCGUUGACGGUGCUUAUCGGCCUGGCUUCCGCCGCCGUGGUGCCCAAGAGCAGCUACGGCAAUGGGUAUGGAAAGCUCAACGUCCAGCUCGGACCGCGCCCUUUCUAUCUUGUCGACAACAUGGACGAAGGGCCAUUGAAGAAGAAGCUGCAGAGCUGCUCAGAAGGCCCGUUCAAGCCCUCCGAAUUUGUCUUCGCGCACCGCGGCGCGCCGCUUCAAUUCCCCGAACAUACGAAGGAAAGCUACACGGCCGCGCGAAGAGAAGGAGCUGGUGUUAUCGAGUGCGACGUCGCUUUUACUAAGGACAAGAAACUCGUGUGCCGCCAUGCACAGUGCGAUCUGCACACCACGACCAACAUCCUGAACCGCACCGACUUGGCCGCGAAAUGCACGACCCCGUUCACACCUGCGGCGAACGGGGAGCCGGCGACGGCAAAGUGCUGUACGAGCGAUAUCACUAUGGAGGAGUUUAAAUCCCUGUGCGGCAAAAUGGAUGGCUUCAAUCCUAACGCGACGACCGUUGAAGAAUACAUGGACGGCACACCAUAUUUCCGCACCGAUUUGUACGCUACGUGCGGCACCGUGAUGACGCAUGAUGAGUACAUCGGCCUUGUCAACAGCUGGAGCUUGAAGUUCACGCCCGAACUGAAGACACCCGAGGUAGAUAUGCCUUUCGACGGCUACACGCAGGAGCAGUACGCGCAGGACAUGAUCAAUGCUUAUAAGAAGGCCGGUAUCAAGCCCAGCCGUGUCUGGCCGCAGUCAUUUCUUCCAGAUGACAUCUUUUACUGGAUCAAGAACGAGCCCGCCUUUGGAAAGCAAGCUGUUUAUCUCGAUGAGCGCGUCGACACCGAAGAAGGCUACAUCAACGCGACUGCGAGCCUUCCCGAGCUCGCCAAGAAGGGUGUCAAGAUUGUAGCGCCUGCAUUCUUCGCUCUCACCAAGCUCGAUGCCAGCGGAAAGAUUAUACCCUCUGAGUAUGCUAUCGCGGCGAAGAAGGCCAAGCUGGACAUUGUGACAUGGAGCUUUGAGCGAUCGGGAUGGCUAAACCAUGGAGGCGACUAUUAUUACCAGUAUGUCGCCGAUGCUGUCAAUAACGACGGCGAUAUGUAUACCGUUCUGGAUGUUCUCGCCAAGCAAGUUGGGAUCAAAGCCAUGUUCUCAGAUUGGCCGGCUACGGUAACGUACUACGCCAGCUGCUUCAAUUUGUAG